GCUCACUCUACCCACCAAAUUCCGCACACAAUCUAAAGUUCACAAGAACUCUAGAUUAACACUCAUUUUCACAUUUUCGAAAGAAACGAAAAAGUUUUAAAUUUGUAACAAAGUCUAUUCACCCCCCUCUAGACUUUGUAUCUCACCACUUUGGGACCACCAAUUUGUAUCGGAGCAGACUUCUCACUAUCUACGUCUAGAUUAACGAGAAGCGAUCAAAAUGGUGAACAAUAUGGAUUACGGUUUGCCCAAGUUUUCUCUUCUAGGUUAUGAUGAUUGGAAGAUCAUGAUGGAAGCACAUCUCUACGCUCUACAUGAUUGCAUGUGGAUGGUGCUUGAGGAUGGACCCUUGAAAAUCCAAAUGGAGAAUCCUGAGAGGAAUCCAGCCGCCCCAGAUGUAGUCCAGUACAUUCCAAAGCCCAAGGAAAAAUGGGAUGAUAGAGAUUGCAAAAAGCACAAUCUGGACAAUGUCGCCAAAGCAGCCAUCUUCAAGACACUUGAUCCCAUCACCUUCUCCAAAAUUAAGCAUCUCAAGACUGCCAUGGAGAUAUGGCAAGGUCUUGGGAAGCUAUGUGAGGGAUCAGAGGACCUGAGAAAGCAGAAGAUAGAAGUCCUGCUUGAGAAGUUCAAAAGCUUCAAAAUGCUUCUCGGAGAAUCAUUUGAUAUGUUGCUGAGAUCACUUCCAACUGAGUGGUACACCAAAGCCACAGCCAUUGAAGAAGGGAGAAACCUGGAGAACUACACUGUUCAAGGUCUCCUUGAUGAGCUCAGAACCUAUGAGCACGAGCUGAAGAAGAAGAAGGAAGAACAAGUCACUCCCUUCCCCACGGCAUUGAUGACAACUCCAAGAGUCCCAUCAAGUGAAGGGACAUGCACAAGAAACUGUGACACACCUUCCUCCAGCCAGCCGUCAAGCUCAAAAAUGGAGAACUACGAUGAGGAAUUUGCCAUGAUGGUCAAGAAAUUCCGGAAGUUCAAGAAGUUCUUCAAGAAGGCUGACUCAAUCAGAAGGCCAUCCAAGGGAAAGCCACAGGUGGAAAAGUACGGAGAAAGAGAAAGAAACGAGAAGAAAAAGAAGGCAAUGGUUGCUGCUGAAAGUGACGAGUCAUCCAGCUCAAGCUCGGAUGAAGUAGCCCUCGUUUGCAUGGAGCACAGAGCUGAGAAGUCCAACCAUGAAGAUAGGUGGGCUAUGUCAGAAGAUGACACUCUCUGCCUAAUGGCCAAAGAUGAUGCUGAUCAAGAGGUAACUUCACAAACCUCCUGCUCAUCUUCUUAUGAAAGCAUACCAACUUCUGAAAAUCUUUUUGACCAGUUCAAAAAGAUGAUGGAAGACUUUGAGGAAAUAAAUCUCAAACUUUCAUCCUUAACAGAGGAGAACAAACAAUUGAGUGAAGAGAAUCUUAAGUUGACUGAAGGUCGGAAAAGUCAACUAGAUGAGAUCACUCAACUCAAGACUGAAAAUGAAUCUCUCUCUGAAAAGGUGAAAUCCCUCAACAAGGAGCUAGGGAUACUUAAGUCCAAAGAAGCAGUGGAUAGACUUCUUGAAAUGACCAAACAAAAGGGUCGUGAAGGACUUGGGUUUGACCCCUCUAGUUCCAAAAGGAAAGGGAGAACAACCUUCAUCCCUCCUAAACCUACUGCCAAACCAAAUAAGCAGAAAGGAAAGGAAAAGGAGAAACCAACAGAAGUUCCCAAAAAGCAUGAUCAUGAGGUUCUGGAUCUAUCAGACAAGGAUGAAGAAGUCAAUGAAGGAGAUAGAAUGAAGCCUACGGAGUUCAUUCCAUUCAAAAGUCUACCACUGAAGACUUCACAGAGAAAUCCGGAUUCAGACAGUGCUGAGCCUUCCGGAAAUCCUGGCCAGCCCUCCAAUAUUCUGGAUCACUCAAACGGCAAAAAUUCUGGAAAUGGCGACCCAGUGCCAAUCCAUCUGGAAACACCAACAACUUCUGUUCUUCAACCAGAAGCUGAACUAGAUCAACCAGUCAAUCCCAAUCAACACAACCUUCGUUGGUUAAGGGAUCAUCCUCCUCAACAGAUCAUUGGAGAUAUUCAAUCUGGCGUUCGCACAAGGAGUGCCCAACAGAAUCUAGAAGCUAUGCUUGCUUGUUUCAUCUCACAAGUUGUCGGCGCAAUUGUUCAUUUCCAGAAGUUGGAAGCCAAUUGCUCCUCACCGGCAUUCUAUCAAAGCUAUCUGGAGAUGAUAGCCGCUCAAGAACUCUCCGAAUUUCUUCAAAUGAAGAUUCGCCUCAAAUUUGAAGAAGAAGUUCUUGAAUUCUACAGAAAUGGAAGGGUCAUAUCUGUUAAAUCAAAGAAGGACCCACAGAGGAUGAUUCAAGUCAUCAAGUCGACUAUUGGAAGGACCAAAGUGAAACUUUCGCAGAAGAAAUUGGGAGAAAAGCUUCAUCUUCCCAAUUCUGGAGUUGAAAUUGGGAGAUUUCCAGUCAAGAAUCUGGACUGGAACAUCAUUGGAAUUUCUGGGCAAGCUCCUUCUGGCCCAGCAAAGAAAGCAGAUCUGAACAACGACUACAAGUUAGUUUUGGAACUGGUCAUCGCUUGCCUCGAGUGUGGAAGUGGAGGUCAUGCCGAUGACAUCACGCAGGAGAGAGCCUUCAUCAUCAACGCUCUCAUUACCAAAUCUAAGGUAAAUUGGGCUGCACACUUCUUCAAAUCCAUCUCAAAACAUCUGGGAAAGCACAAUCAGAAGUACCUUUGUCAAGGUCUGUACAUUGGACAUAUUUUGGAGUCUAUGGGUGCUGCUUCUAAAGGAAAGAAGUAUGAAGAAAGAUAUUGGUUAUAUUAUCUGUCUUCAAAAGGGGAAAACAGAGCUGGUUCUAGUGCUACUGCAGAGGAAUGCUCUUCAGAUAAUUUCCCACUCAUCAACUUGACGAAAACAGCCAAGAGAAAGCAUGUGGUGUCUCCCUCUCCAAGUGUUGAAGCACCACAGAACCUUGCUUUGGUCAAUCUUGAAGAAGUAGAAGAAGUCUCUGACCAAGGAGAACUUCAUAAGAAGAAGAAGAAGAGGAAAAUCACCUCUCCUUCAACAUUUGGAAAUGUCAACUCGGAUAAGUUGAAGGAGAAGGAACCUGCUGAGGAAACCUCUGCCCACAACCGGAGUCCUCAACAACUUGAAGAAGAAAUUCAUCAAGUUCAAAGCCUUCCAACCUCAUCACCUCAACCUCAAAUAGAUGAUGCUGAUAACCAAUUCUGGCAGCUCUACUAUGAUUGGAGAGCCUGGAAAGUUGGAAAUUCAACAGAGCAAUUGUUGGAUUGGGACCAACAACUGAAGAAUGAGAAGAUUAUCAAGAAGUGCUUAGGAAUACCAGUCAACCACAGCUGUGAACAAAUUUUGGAUGACCACUGGGUAUGGCAAAGGAACCAUGAAGACUUGCAUCUGGAGUACCUGGCCGACACACCAGCUUCAGAAUUUGAUGUGGAUGAUGAGGAUCCUGCAGUCUACAAACCAGUCCUCUCAAAAACCACAGAAGAUCAGGUGGUUCUCACUUCUGAAGCACAGGCUAACUUGGAAGCAACAGCUGAGGAUUUCCAAAUAUUUCCGGAAACCUCAUCUGCCUUUGAAACGGUUCUACCUGAAGCUGCAGUCUCUACUCCACAAAAACAGAACCAGGAAGGAUCAGAUGAAGAACUUCACCAACAUCUCCAGUCUCAAGACCUUGAGAUUCUCACAACUGCUUGUGAGAUAUCCAACCAGCCUGAACUUGAGAUCCCGGAGAAGUCAGGAGAAAAUCUGGAUCAGUCCACUUUUCCAGAAGCAACUGAAGCCCAAGAGGAACGAGCUAAUGAAGUUGAAGAAAGAGACUCCCUCUCUAGGGAUAUAUCAAAUUUUAUACUUGAGGAAGCAGAAGAAGAAUCUGAAAGGACGCUGAGGAUCAAUGAUGAAGAAGAUGUGCAAGACGAUGCUGAAUCUCUUCCUAUGCAACUUUUCCAAAGAACACCCUCUUCUCAUCAGGUAACCAACUUCCAUUUCCAUAGCCCUUCCAUUCCUACUCUUCCGGAUGAGGUACUGGAAACCUGGACAAAGAAGGUCCAAGGGUUGAUUGAAUCAGCUCUAGCAUCUCAACAUGCCUCCUUUAGGCAAGAGAUAGAGCAGAUGGAAGCCAGGUACAACAAGCUGAUUGAGAAAUCCGAAGAGACACACUGCUCCAAUCUCAAGGAGAUAAGCAAAUCAGUGGAUAAGACUCUAGAGAUCAUUUCUCUAUUGAGUAACACUGUGAGCAACAUGAUGGAGACAUAUGCAUCUGACAGUUAUCUUCAACUCAAGGAGGUUAACAAAGUCAGAGAGCAAAUAGCAAAUGUCACAGUUAGUCUACAGAAGCAGUUGUCCCUUCUCCAAAUGGACAUCAGAGCAGCCCUAGCAGUGUCUUCAGCAAAUCAAGUAGUAAACAAAGACUACUUGAAGGCUGUAGGAACAAUUGCUGCUCAUUUCUCAAAUGAUGAUCAAACAGAGGAAAGACGCAACAAUAUAAGGCGCAUCAAAGAACUGUGUGGAAACAUGAAUGGUAUCACUGAGGCUGCCGGAUCUUCAAAACGCAAGAGGAACUGAAGGUUCUUUUCAUCAAACCAGGGGGAAAGUAUGUGAAAACACUAAUUUGUUUUGAUGAAAACACCUUCUUGUUUAAACAUUGCUUGAUCAGUUUAAACAUUGCUUCAAUCUCUCUCUUAAUUGUGCUUAUUAUGCUUGAUUAUGCCUAAUUAAAGUAUGAUUUUGAGAAUUCUUUUGAUAAAGCGCAUACAUUGAG